AUGCCCAGCCAUGGGAGGGACAAACGGCUGCGUACAGCAGCAGCAGCAACGGCAGCAGGAGCAGCAGGAGCAGCAGGAAAAGCAUCAUCACGUGCUGCUAUUGUUGCAGCAGCAGCAACAGUAUGCUUGCUGCUGCUGCUGCUGCUAGGCAUGCAAGAUGCUGAUGCUGCUGCUGCUGAGGUCCCUAAAGUAAAUCCAAGCAAUGUAGUUAUGUUUGGUCUAAGUCGUGGAGAAUUAGACGAAUUAAAGGCAAAAAAAAUAAUAAAAAAAAAUACUUUUUCUUUGUGGGGAUCGGAUCCCUAUGUACUACAAAGAAAAAAAGAUGUGGGGCUUGAAUUGCAUGCAAAUAAUUGCUGGACAUGCACUACAGGCCGUUGGUUUUUACGUGUCCGUCUAUCGGACUCUGGUCCUGUUGAGUCCUUAGAUCCUUAUCCAUUGGCUUCCUCUAUAGAGUAUAUAGAUAAGGCAUUAAAUAGGGAGUACCGUCGUGGUCCUUGGCGUGCGGAGGUCUCCGUCUUAUCCUCAGUAGUAGAUGUCCCCUCAUGGGAUCCAUCAGCAGAUCCAUCCUUAUUAACAUUAAAAGGAGACAGUCUCCUUAUUCAUCUAACCCUGCAUGUAGAGACAGAAGAAGAUGAUGAGCCUCCUGCUGCUGCUGCUGCUGCUGCUGCUGCUGAUGCUGAUGCUGCUGCUAAUGCAGCAGCAGCAGCUGUUGCUGCUAGUGCAAGAGCUAGCGCUAGAGCAGCUAGUGUUAAUGCAGCAAGUGCAACAGCAGCAGCAAAAGCUGCUGCUGUUGCUGCUGCUGCUGCAGGUGGUAGUGGUCCCCCUAAUGGUAAUAUAAGAGUUAAUAGAGGAGAGGAGGGUAAUGGAGACAGGAGACAGGGAGGGGCCCCCCACCACCAACCCCAUAAUGGUGGGGGGGCCCCACAGGGUACUAAUACUUCGGGGGCCCCCCAAAAUAAAGGUAAGGGGCCCCCAAGGGUAGGGGAGGCAGUAACACUAUUUAGUCUUAUUAAGAAUGGGUACGGAGACAGUUAUCUAUCCAAGGAGGAAUGGCAGCAGCAGCUCAGCAGCAAACUAGAUAAGGCACGGGGCUGCAUGCUGUAUAGCUCCCCUAGCUCUGUUGCGCAGCAGCACAUUGCUGCUGCUAAUAGAGGGGAGGAAUGGAUAAUUGAUGAGUAUUUCCUGCAGCAGCAGCUGCUGCAGCAGCAGCAGCAAGAAGAAGAAGCAGCAGCAGCAGCAGGUAUUGUUCUUGGAGACAAAGAUGGAGAUAAUCUUGCUGCUGCUGCAGCAGCAGCAGCAGAAUUAGAGACACCUCCUGCUUGGGCUACAAUUAAGAGACAACUGCAGCAAAAGAGACAGCAGCAGCAGCAGCAGCAGCAGCAGCAAACCAGCAGAGAUGUUGUAUGGAUUAAAUGCCCACAAAUACCCGCCAUUGUACAAGUUCCCUUCGAGACAGUCUUACGUAGUUUGUCUCCUUCUUUCCGUCGUGUCUCCAUGGAGACACUUCGUCCUUAUAAGAGAUGGAAGGGACCUGCCCUUCUUUCUUCUUUUUUCUUCUUUUUUUCUUCUCUUCUCCUCUUAUCUAAGGGAGAAGGAUUAGCUAGAUUAGGUGUACCUGCAGAUAAAAUACCUAAUGGGCCCUUUGAUGUUGCUGGACAUCUUAAGUAUGCAGCAGGCCUAGCUCGUGGUGGCGAGCAAUGGGUAGAUAAUGUAUUUGGUCAGUCCCCUAGUGGUGCAUAUUUUGCAGGAGACGCAGCAACUGCAGCAAAUGCAGCAACUGCAGCAGGAACAAGACUCAAUAGAUUACCUGUCUCCCCUUGGGCACAAGAGAGACAGACACCAGAGACCACACUCAAGAGACUGUCUCCUUCUCUUCCUAUGAGGGAUGCAGUUGAGCAACUUAAUGGGUAUAGAGGGGGACACUUUGUUGUUGAGGCAACUGCAGCAGCAGCAGCAGCAGCAGGAGCAGCAGCACCAGCAACAAUAAGAGGAGACAGCAGUCAGCAUAAGAGACUUAUUAAAAAUAUUAAUCAACAUUGUCUCCUUUUUAAGAGAAAGCCUAUUCUUAAUAUGGCAUCCGCUACCAUCUCCUUACGAUUAGAUUUAGGUCUAGGUAUAGAUAGAAAAGAAGGAGACAGUUGUCCAUGGCCUGGUCCCUCAAUAGGGGGAUUAAUUAUACAAAAUAUUCCUCCUGAUUUAACUAUUUAUAAAUUAAUUUCUUCUAUUAUAAAUAUAUUAAAAAAAAAUCGUCUCCUUAUUGUCCAUAAAAGGACUAAAUCUCCUCCUUAUGAUGACGAAGAAGAACAAGAGGAAGAGGGAGAGAGAGAGGAAGAGGGAGAGAGAGAGGAAGAGGGAGAGGGAGAGGGAGAGGGAGAGGGAGAGGGGGAGGAAGGGGGGAAGGAAGAGGGAAAGAGGGAGAAAGAAGGACGAGAAAAGGAGACAGUAACACAACAAGAGGAGACACAAGCAAUCAGUAAUGCUGAGGGGGAUAAGGACGGUGAGGCAGUUGCUGCUGCUGCUGCAGCAGUAGCAGCAGCAGGAGAAGAAGAGCAUAAGGAGGGCAACAAUGAUCUUGGUGUGCAUGCAGAAGGUGCAGCAGACAAUGCAGCAGAAGCAGCAGCAGGUGUAGCAGCAGGUGCAACAGAAGCAGCAGCAAGUUCUCCAACUGCAGCAGAAGCAGAAUCUAUAAAUGGAGCAGAAGCAGCAGCAGAAGGAGACUCUGCAGCAGCAGCAGCAGGAGACUCUUCAGCAGCAACAGCAGGAGGAGACUCUUCAGCAGCAACAGCAGCAGCAGGAGGGGACUCUUCAGCAGCAGCAGCAGGAGGAGGAGACUCUCCAACACCAGCAGCAGCAGCAGCAGCAGCAGCAGAAAUACCAGCAGCAGCAAUUAUACUACCUGAGGGACUAACAGAGGAGGCAUUAGGCCUUUAUGUUGUUAAUAAAUCCUUAGGAGACGAUCGUAGUCCUACUAGCAGAAUAAGGAGACACCCUAGUCUCCUUACAGAGGAAAGGGGACAGCAGCAGCAGCAGCAGCAGCAGCAGCAGCAGCAGCAGCAGCAGCAGCAGCAAGAAGUACAAGAUAAAGAGGAGACACAUAAAGAGACAGAUAAACAAGAGGUAGAUAAACAAGAGACAGAAAAGGAGACAGGUAAGGAGGAGACAGAUAACAAGGAGAUAGAUAAGGAGGAGACAGGUAAGGAGACAGAGGUAAAUAAGGAGACAGAUGGAGAAAAGGAGACAGAGGGAGAAAAGGAGACAGAUGGAGAAAAGGAGACAGAUGGAGAAAAGGAGACACAGGGAGAAAAGGAGACACAGGGAGAAAAGGAGAGACAGGGAGAAAAGGAGACACAGGGAGAAAAGGAGACAGUAGAGGAGGAUCGUCUCCAACGUCUCCCCUUUACGAUGGUAGUAAGGGACCUCCUUGAUCUAUACGUAUUUACCCCAUCCUUCUUCUACGGACCCCGAAGAAGACUGGAGUCGCAGCAACAACAACAGCAGCAACAGCAGCAGCAGCAGCAGCAGCAGCAGCAGGAAUGGUGUACAUAA